CAGCAGUAACCUGAGCCAUGGAGAACGCAGAGAGCACGGAGGAGGAGAAGCCGACUGUCAGCAAUGAGAGCACAGACAACGGCGCUGAAACGGCAACCGAGGAACAGCAAAUGGACUUCAGUACAGAGAUUAUGAGUGUGACUGAGAUGGAACAAUCACCUGAUAGUUCCCCUGACCUAAAUGAAGAGAACACGCAGGAGAGUGAAAUUCCAAAUAUCGAAAGUUUACAGACAUCGGAUAUUGAGACCUGCUUCCCUCCAGAUUUUGACAAGUUCUGGAAAGUAGUAGAGGACAAUCCCCAGGAUUUCACAGGAUGGGUGUAUCUACUGCAGUAUGUCGAGCAGGAGAACCACUUGCCAGCUGCCAGGAAAGCAUUUGACAGGUUUUUCACGCAUUAUCCAUAUUGCUAUGGAUACUGGAAAAAGUACGCCGACCUGGAGAAGCGACACGACAACGUUAAGCAGUCUGAUGAGGUUUAUCGCAGAGGGCUUCAGGCAAUUCCUCUUAGUGUUGAUCUUUGGAUACAUUAUAUUAACUUCUUAAAGGAGACCUUGGACCCUGCUGACCCUGAGACUAACAGCACUAUUCGAGGAGCCUAUGAACACGCAGUCUUAGCUGCUGGGACAGAUUUCCGUUCUGACAGACUAUGGGAAAUGUAUAUAAACUGGGAAAACGAUCAGGGAAACCUAAGGGAAGUUACAUCCAUAUAUGACCGCAUCCUCGGAAUUCCAACACAACUCUACAGUCAUCAUUUCCAGAGGUUUAAAGAACACAUACAGAACAACUUGCCUCGAGACUUUCUGACUACUGAGCAGUUUGUUCAGCUGCGCAGGGAACUGGCAUCUGUGAACGGCCAUAGUGGGGAGGAGGCACAAGCUGGGGACGACCUGCCCUCUGGUACUGAAGAUAUAACUGACCCUGCCAAGGUGUGUACACAGAGG